GAAACUCAUAGACAAUUCAUCAACAUAUCAGUAACGUUUAUUACCUGGUAUAAAUGUCUGAGAUGAGAUUCAACAUGGAAAACCUAACUAAUAUGGUGUUCUCUGAUUUUGAUUAUUUGUAUGACAAUGUUACAGAUGACUUUGAUUAUGAAGAAACUUACUGCCCUGAAGAAGAUGAAACCCCCAAAUAUUUCCGGAAAGUCAUUGUGCCCAUGCUUUAUUUCAUUGUUUUCUUGUUUGGGAUCAUUGGCAAUGGCCUGGUGUUGCUGAUCCUGCUGCGUUACAGGCACAUGCGGACUCCUACUGACAAUUACUUGCUGCACCUGGCAAUGGCUGAUCUCCUCCUUGUCCUUGUCCUUCCUUUCUUUGCUGUGGAAAAAAUUUUGGGGUGGCACUUCAGUACUUUCCUUUGUAAAGUGAUAGGUUCCAUCCACAAACUCAACUUCUUCUGCAAUAGUUUGCUUUUAGGGUGCAUCAGCUUUGACCGGUACCUGGCGAUUGUCUACGCGGUCCAAACUUACAAAAAACGCAAAGCCCAGUAUGUGCACCUGGUCUGCUCAGCCAUCUGGUCCAUAGGAUUCAUCCUUCAAAUUCCAACUCUCGUCUUCUUAACAAUUGAGGAAAACUUACCCGAGGACAUUCCCAAAUGCACCUACCCAUCAAGUGACAUCAGGGUGAAUGACUGGCUCUUGGCCGAGCAGAUCCUGUACCAUGGCAUUGGCUUUUCCUUGCCACUUGUUGUCAUGUGUUACUGUUAUACCAAAGUGAUCCAAACUCUGUGCAAGACCCAGAACUUUGAGAGGCACAAGGCCGUCAAGAUGGUGCUGACAGUCACAGUCAUGUUUUUCAUCUGCUGGUCUCCUUACAAUGUGGUGAUGAUUAUCAGGACACUGCGAUCGCUAGAUGUGUUCACGGCUGGCUGUGAUUUAUACAGAAAACUAGCUUUUGCCAUGGCGCUGUCAGAGAGUGUUGGCUUCAGUCACAGCUGUCUCAACCCAAUCCUCUAUGUCUUUAUUGGUGUCAAAUUCAGAAAUGACAUCUUGAAACUUCUGAGAGAGAUGGGCUGCAUUAGUCAAGCCACCAUGGACAGUCACUUCCAUCUGAAACGUGCUGGGAAGAAUGGGAAUCCGUCUGUCUCUGACUACACCACCUCCUGGUCUAACGUUUAAACAUGGUGCUUUUUCCAGUCAGAGAUUAACAGGAACUGCAAAAUGGUCGGGUUUAUAAAUAGAGGUGGAAGAUGUUACUUUUUAUAAGUCAACUCCCAGGGAAGGUGGGGCUUAACUGAUAUCAUAAAACCCCUUGGGAAAGGCAUCAGUGACAAAUUGGAUGUCCAAUUAUAUAAUUCCAAAAUAAAUAAGAUAAUAAGACAUAGGGGCAGAAGUAGACCAUUCAGCCCAUUGAAUCUGCUCCACCAUUCAAUGACAUCAUGGUUGAUACUAUCAUACUUAACUCCACUUCACUGUCUUUUCCCAAUAAUCCUUCGUUCCUUUACUGAUUAAAAGGCUGUCUGCCUCAGCCUUAAAUACACUUAUUGGCCCAGGCUCAACAGCCCUCCAUGGUAAGGAAUUUUACAAAUUCACAACCCUCUGAGAGACAAAAUUUGUCCUCAUCUCUGUCUGAAAUGUGUGACGUCUUAUUCUAAUACUAUGCCCUCUGGUCCUAGACUCGCAAUAAGGUCUCAUCUCAUUCUUCUAUAUCCCAGUGAAUAUAAGCCCAACCUACUCAUCCUCUCCUCAUAAGACAUUCCGUCCCCACUUGAGAAUAGCCAAAUAAAUCUUAGAUAAAAAAAAGAGUGAAAUGGUGCAUAUUGGUAGAAGGAAUACAGUGGUCAAAUAUUCCCUGGAAAACAAUUGAGUAAAUGUGGUAGAAGGAGUUGCAUAUUCACUAGGUGCUAACAUUGGGAUCUCUCUCCCUCCCAACUUCACACAUUCCCCAUUGGUCAAUGGUAUCCAGCCCAUUUUAACCCUCGUCCAUUUUCUCUGCCCCUUUCCUUCUUGUUCUCUCUUUCUGUCUACCAUCUGAGGACCAAAAUAUUAUAUUGAUGCUGUGUACUAAUUUCGUCUUUCUCCAAUUGUUGCCAGCUUUUCCUGAUUAGUCUGUCUGCCUGUAUGUACAUGAUGCAGUCUCCUGUAUGGCCACCUUCUUUAUUAACCAGAUAAUUGGAAAGGCAACCAAUGCACUGGAACAUUUCUAGAGAAGUAGAAUUGAAAAGCAACAUGAUUAUGUUAAGUUUUUACCGAACAUAGCCAAGACCAUAGUGAGCCCUGUAAACAGUUCUAAUCUCCAAAAGACAAGUAGCUUAUAGAAGCACCAGGGAAGGUACAAACAAGAUUGAGAAGAGGUUAUACCCAGUCGGGAAGACUGUACAAGCUGGCAAUCAUCAGGCUAGAAAGGAAAUGUUGACAUCAUAGAGACGGUGUUUCCACUUGUUGGAGAGUCUGAAACUAGGAUCAUUGAUAUAAAACAGUCACUAGGAAUUCAACAGCAAAGGCAGGAGAAACAUUUGCACUCAGAGAGUGGUGAGACUGUGGAACUCACUCUCUUGUGGGUUGGUUGUGGUGAAUAGUAUUGGUGCGUUGCAAGGAAAUAUGGAUAAACACCGGGGUGUAGGGUAUACAACAAAUAAUGACGGAUGUUUGAUAAUGUGCUGCUGAACCCCUGGUUGGGAAAUUAUAUAAACUCCAAUACAAUUUCAUGAGUUGAGAGUCAUUUUAUUUCUGAUGAUUUGUAUGUUCAGGUUUUCAUAGAAUGGUUCAGCACAGGAAGAGGUCAUGGCACAGGUGCUUUCAGCUUGAAGUUAACCCCAGUUUUGUUUUAUUAGUUCAUAGAAUGUGGGUGCUGCUGGCUAGGCCAGCAUUUAUUGCCCAUCCUUAAUUGGACUGGAGAAGGUGGAGAUGAGCUGCCUGCUUGAACUGCUGAGUCCACAUGCUGUAGAGACACCUGCAGUGCUGUUAGGGAGUGAGUUCCAGGAUUGUGACUCAGUGACAGUAAAGGAACUGCAAUAUAUUUCCAAGUCAGGGUGAUGAGUGUGAAGAGGAACUUGCAGCUGGUGGCAUUCCCAUGUAUCUGUUGCCCUUGUCCUUCUAGGUGGUAGAGGUUGUGGUUUUGGAAGGUGCUGUCAGAGGAGCCUGAUUGAGUUACAGCAGUGCAUUCGGUAGAUGGCACACACUAUUGCGACUCCCAAUUCCUCCUGCUAUUCAUCAACGGCCAUCACCAAACCCCUUUUAUAUCCAGGAUUGUUAUCACACACAACAGAACAACUUUCCUACCGCUAAAUCACCAUGAAUUUUUUUUUUUUUUGUUUUUUUUUCCCCUUUUUGUUAAACUACUAACCACCACGGAUAUAAUCGCUGGUGUAGCCAAUUAAAUAUUUAUAAGGAAAGCCCAUUAUAGCAAUGCAAACCAUCAAAAGUGAGGGGGGAGGGGUAGGGAGAAAGGACCAAUUCCCCUUUAAAAGUUCCAGUUGAACUUGCUUCAGCUGUUCUUCCAUGCAGAAUGUUCCAGACUACAUUCACAGACUGUGUAAAAUAGUUUCGACUUCUUUCCUGUGUCUUGUCUCAGUUUCUAUGAGCAAUCACUGAUGUCCCUUUCUUAUUGGACAAGAGCUCAGCAUUAAUGCCUUCUUCACCAGAUCAUGGCCUCUCUUUAAUUUACCACGUCUUCCCAAACUUGAUCCAUUGCCCAAACCAUUUACUCUAAAAAAAAACUCUCCUCUUACCCAAAUUUGAAAUUGCUAAGAACAUCAACCCCAGCAGAGUUCAUAAGACCAGAAGACAUAGGAGCAGAGGCAGGCCACUCAGCCCAUCAAGUCUGCUCUGCCAUUCAAUUAGAUCAUAGCUAAUCUGACAAUCCUCAACUUUCCUCAGAACCCUUGAUUCCCUUCCUGAUUAAAAGUCUGAGUAUCUAUCCAUUGAAUGCAUUUAAUGACCCAGUCUUGUCCAAGUUGCGUCUGUUCCCACCUUCCUCAGUGCUGCUGCCAGCAGCCAAUCACCCAGAACCCUUUUCUCCCACACCAGUCUUAAAGCCACCAUUCAUCUCUCUCAUCUGAUUCAGAGACUGUUCAUCGCUAGAAAUAGGUUACACAUAAAUGGAACCCAGCAACCAUUCUUCCCUCACUUUGUGAUCGUCAAACAGGACACCAUUCAGCUUCUCCAGUCAAUUCCAGCAAUCCAUCAAUAAUUCGUCUGUCCACGUUGAUGGUCAAACCCUUAAUCCACCCAUCCAACAAAAAAUAAUCAUACAUUAGACAUUUGUAGUUGUCUUCAGCUUCAAAAGCUUUCAGGGGAAGACAGCUCAAGAUUCCUACUCCCCUUUGUGUUUGCUGAAUCAUCCUGAACGUGGCCUGGCUAAAAUAUUCUAGUUCUGGACCAGAAUCCUCCUCCAGCAAUUUCCUGAGAUCCCCUCACGGGAGGGGAAACGCGAUAGUUUUGGUGUCAAACCUGCACAGAAGUGGUGACAGACCGGGCUGUUCAUGUUCCUGUAGUUCACACUCUUACUCUGAUUUCAAUGUAAUUACAACCAGCCUGUGAACAACCCUAACAAGGGAUGGUAGAUUAGCUUGAAGUCGAUUUCACAUUUCAUUUGUGAUGCUUGUGCAGCUGAAUAGCCUGUUGAGAUUCAUUGACGAAUACCAGCUCUGAACAAGUGGCUGUUUGAGAUAACAGCGAGUCGGCACUUUGUAAGAACUAAAGAAAAAAAACUUCAUGUCCUUGUCUACAUAUUUCAUCAACUAUUGCGCAGAAUAAAACGGCUGGGAAAGACGUGAACUUGCUGAUACCUUUAAUAACGUAGCAAUUCAUCUCAUUACCAAGAUGCGACCAAAAGUGAAUGAAACAUUAGCAAGACCGCUGUGAACAUGUCGAAAACAAUGUGGUAGAGAUUCAAUUUGGCUUCACUGAGCCCUGUCAAUAUCCCCUAGCCAGCUGAACUGACCCCUGUGUGUGUGUGCAGCCUGGGAAUCAAUUCUGCUGUAGUUACCAGAAACUGAAACAAAACUCUCUUGAUAUUUUGCUUUUUGCCGAUUUUAACUGUAAUUAUCAAAGCAAGAGCGUGUUUACAGCACUCUAGAAACUGCUGAAAGUUCCGCGAUUUCAACUCAGCCAUUUACUAUUCCUUGCUCUUGCUGACUUUUGUUUGAUCAUUGAUAAUAAAGGCGAACAUUCCUGCA